AUUUUUUUUUUUUUUUUUUUUUUUACUUUCUCUUUGAGGGAAAGCAUUUUUUUCUUAUUUCUUCUUCCUUUUCCUUAAAUAUCCCACCUCAACGCUCAAUACAACCAAUGACAACCAAUGGAGACCAGGAAAAGAACCGAUUUCAAAUAGAAUUAGAGUUUAUUCAAUGUUUAGCAAAUCCUUGGUACCUGAACAAUCUAGCACAGCAACAAUACUUUAAAGAUCCUGAAUUUAUUAAUUAUCUCAAAUACUUAAUGUAUUGGAAACAACCUGAAUAUGCCAAAUUUGUGAUGUAUCCUCACGCUUUACACUUUUUAGACUUGUUACAAUAUCCACAAUUCAGAGAAUAUAUUAGUACUUCUGAAAAUGCUCAAGAAAUACAUCGAAUGCAGUAUUAUCAUUGGAUGUAUUUACGGAAUCCACCGAAAGCUCUAGACGAUCAAGGUGAAACAACACGACAGACUGAUCCUUCUGGUUUCCCUCCAAUAGCAUAGUUUCUCCCAUAACAUAUAGAUUUUUUUUUCUUCCAUGAAACAUUUUUUCCCUUUCCUCUCCAUACAUACAUAUAUAUAUAUAUAUAUAUCCCAGUUAUCUUUUUCUUUUAUUUUAUUUUUGAAUAAAAAACAUUAUCUUCAUUGCC